CGCCCAAAUGUCAGAUUUCCCUGUUGUCAUCUGUGAAUUUGGUCUGCGCGAUCGAUAACACGAAUUGGCUAUUCGAAGUUACAGAGGUUGAAUACUUAUUGAGCCGUGUAUGGAUAGAUAGUUAACGUCGGUGCUUCAAGUAGCAUAAUUUUCAUUGUAAAGUGGUGAAAUGGAUACGAGCGGGGCGUACGGCGGCGGCAAGGCUGGGGGAGCCUUCGAUCCCCAGCAAUUCAUCCAGAGACCACCCGUGAUCGUGAGGGCGGUCUGUUGGCUAUUCAGCGUGAUUGUAAUGGGCUGCAUAUCAGCCAAGGGCUGGCGCACGGCAGACGACGGCAAAGAAUAUUGCGUCUACAACAACGACACGAAUGCCUGCAACUAUGGCGUCGGCAUCUCCGUCAUCGCUUUCGUAGCCUCCAUAGGUUUCAUCGCGGGAGAAUACCUCUUUGAACAAAUGUCAUCUGUCAAAACUAGGAAGCAUUACGUACUGGCUGAUAUGGGAUUCUCUGCGUUCUGGGCGUUCCUGUACUUCGUGGGUUUCUGCUACCUGUCUAACGCGUGGGGCAAGACUGACAACCCUCCCGUCGGCACAGCUAACAACAUGCAGGGUGCUAUUGCCUUCUGCUUCUUCUCCAUCUUUGCUUGGGUGGCGUGCGCGUUCUUCGCGUUCCAGCGGUUCCGUGUAGGCGCUGACGCAGCGUUCGCGCCGGCAUACGAGGUGGAGGGCGCAGUGGGCAGCCCCGGCGCCUUCCCCGCCUACCCCGCCGCGCCCGACCCCGAGCCCGCCUACAGCGAGCCGCCCUUCUCGCAGAACCAUGGCACAGGAAACAUCGACUACACGGCCCCAACUUACUAAGCUGUUUCGCGGCAUCGGAAUGGUUGAUUUUAUCAAGUUUUAUUUGCAAGCUCACGUAACGACGGGGACGUAACAAUGAUUUAUUGUUACUCGGAUCACACCUACAAUACAAAUGCUACCAAAAAUCGACUAAAUGCAUCCUUCAAACGAUUCAGACCAGUCGAUUUAAAUCGAUAAAAACCAGUGUUACCAACAAAAAAACCAAAGAUCUACCAAACAAAUCCGAACAUACAAAAAGUAUGUAAAUACUUAAUUGAUUAUUAUUAAUUGUUGAGUGAUAGCUAAUCAUGUCCAUUUAUUUUAGUGAAGCUUAUUUUUUUAUUUAUUUACUAAGUGUAGCCAUAAUCAGUCAUUACAUUAAAAUUAUACCAAAGUUCAUGUACAUUGUAAUCAGAUGAUAUAAACAUAAAUAUUAUAUAUAUUCAAGUAUAUGAAAACGUGUAUCGCUUCACAGUACCUGCUUGUAGGUAUAUUCGACAAUAUUCACGUAUAUAAUGUAAUAUAACAUCAUAUAUUAUAUGUAAAUAACAAUGUAUUCUAAACAAAUAUUAAAAUACUAUACCUACAUAUUGUAGAUGGGUCUCAGACGACUGUUUGAAAUUGAGGCUGCAUAUGUUAUUUCGAAAAAUACCUACCUGAAAAACUGAAUAUAUGCCCCUUAAUUGUUUCAAGUAAAUAAAGGUUCUUACAAUAUACAAAGUGCUGCCAUCUAGUCGUUUGAGACCGCAAACCCCCUUUGUGUGAUAUUUAUUUUUUAAAUUACUUCUCCACUAUCAUCGUGCCAUGUCUUUGAGCUAUAUUGAAAGUUUAUUUUUUUAAUAAAAAUGUUAUUUUGUCCUAAUCAGAAUGUUUCAAAAUCAUACCUCAUUUUAGCUAUGUCGUAUAGGAUAAUACAAUAUUAUGAUGUAUUUAAGAGCAAACCCUGAAGAUAGAGUGGUUACUUAGAAAAAUAGAUAAAUAAAUAUUAUAUAUCCAGUACUUCUUUAGGAAUCCUGCAAUUAUAUGCAGUCAGUCAGUGCUUUUGAUCAUAAAUCGAACUUAUCAAAAAUAAAACUUUUAUUUUUAUUUACAUUACGUUCAUUCAUGUUAAAUUAUUUAUCAAAGCAACCACUCUGUUUAAUGUACAAUAUAACCAGUAACCAAGCUUGAAUAAUAAUAUAUUGAAAAAAAAUCUUAAAACUAGGACGAAAUAUUAAUUACAUUAGUUAAUAUUUACUCGUAAACAGCAUAUCGUCAUUAUUUAAUUUAAUAUGUAACGCGCUACUGCAACACUUUAGGGUUGGACCACAUCUGGCAGCACGGAAUCGCCCUUUUCCAUCGCCCUUUUUCUUUCUGUCGCUUAGAACUGCUAUUUGAUAGACCGAGACAGAAAGCAUAAUGCGAUAGCACCCGACGGAAUUCUCGAGGCGAUCGCCAUCACUUAAUCUGUCUCGGUCUAGCAAAUUGAAGUUCUAAGUGACAGAAAGAGAAAAGGCGACGGAAAAAGGCGAUUCCGUGCUGCCAGGUGUGGUCCAACCCUUACGCGAAACAUGUUGUCUGUAACAUGUUGCGUUACAUAAUGUUGUUUCUUGUUCGGUACAUGUAUUGUUACUAUUUAGAUAUUAAAUGCUUCUGAAGUGCGUAGUUUUAGUAACCCUUGGGAUAUGUCUUGGCAGAUAUUGGAAAAAGGAAUCACUUAAUACAACUUAUUAAAUGUUUUUUGUCUUCAGUGUGAACUACUGUUGUAUGGGCCCGUUGUGUCCAGAUUGUGUGCUGUUUUGUAGAAAUGAAAUAAUAUACCUGAUUGCUAUGAAAAUAUUUUCAAGAUUUUAAGGUUUAACAUCACUCUAUGUGUGUAUUACUGUAUUCUGAAUAUCUACAAUGACAUAGUCUAAGAAUUUGUAAAAUUUAAUCUCAAUAACUCCUAAGAAGUGUUACUGUCUCGUCUAAGAUAGUGUAUAUUUGUCUCUCAAUACCCACAAAAUGUACCUUAUGGAUCUAAUACAUUCAGUAUUAAUAAAUAGUUAAAUAUUAUAUCUAUGACUUAAGCGCUUUACCCAAAUCAUAGUAUUUUUUUAAUAUAAAAAAAUAUAUUCUAGGUAAUGCUCUUAUUAGAAUACUUACAUUUAAUUUCUGGGCACAUUUUUAUUAUUACUCUCGCGUAGUUUUAUUAGUCUUACUGUAAUAAGCUGUCGAUGUAAUUUGAGCUCUAUUGAAGUGCUGUUAAGGUCUAAAAUUGAGUACAAAACAGUUGACCCCAGGGUAAAUAAUUGAAAUGUGUCCUGUUAGGACUUGGAAAAGUCGGCUUGCUGAUAGUUUGAUGUUUAAUGGAAAAGUUAUAAGUGUGUUUGUUGUACUCACUAUGUAUAGGAAAGUACAUUCUGUGUAUAAAUAAAAAUAUAUGUUAGUUGGACAAGAUAAAUGUUAAAUCCUUACAAAACUGACACCUUGAAAAUAUAUAUAUCAAAAUAUUUUUCUGUUUAACGCGUGUUUGUAUCGUGCGAAAACGAAUUUCGCAUUCUAAUCAUAGGAUAUAUAACGUGUGCAAUAAUGGUUCUAAACUUUAUUAUUUCAAGUAUAUAAAUGAAUAUUACCUAACUGUAUAAAUAGCGUGAUAUUAAUGUGUGUUGGCUUAAAUCGUCAGCAAGCCUGUAGAUGUCUUUAUCACUUCCAUAGCUUGCACUAUUGUUUAUAAAAUCUUAGCAAUAAUGAGUAUUCAGAUGCAUUCAUUACUCAAAAAUGUAUUUAUUCACGGUUAAUGUUGCCAGCACAUCGAUUUUUUAAGCUUGCAAGCUUUACUGAGUAAAGAGUACAUCUGAAUUGUGUGAAAUUCAUAUCAGUCUUAUGUGUUAGGGGCAUCGUCGUAAUAUAUAUAAAAAUCAUUUCGAUGAAAGUACUCAUUAUAUAUUUAGGUAAAUAUUUAAAUGAUGCAAUGAUAAAUCAAAUCGUUUUUGUGCAUAUAGGUACCAACAAUUCCUAUAAUUGCCUACAUUCCAUUGCAAUCUCUAUAACUUAUCGUAUAUUUUUUUAAACUUAUAGGUACCUACGUUUAUUUGAUACCCUAUUGAAUACCCUUCAGAGAUAAAUAUUUUGACAUGGUAUCAGAACUUGUCCUUACCAUGGACUGAUGACCUGAUGCUGGUAGACGAGGAAAAUCAAGUCAGCAGAACUCAUAAAUAAAAUCAGAAUUCGAAGAAAAUAAAUAUUACGGGUUUUCUCAGAUUUAAAAUUAGAUAUAAUUCUUUAAAUUGCCACCUUACAAAUUUUUUUUUCAUAUGCCCUUCAUGCACAUGAUUGAUAAAAAAGUAAAUCUAACGAAAAUUAAACUAUUGUUACUUUGUUUUCGUAAUCACUAAAAUGUAAACAUUGAUCUGUACACUAUAUUAUGUAGUUAUUAUUAGCCGUAGACAUGUACCUUGUAUGUUGGUUAGUAUGUUCUGACGAUAAUAAAAAAAUCUAAUAAACAGUAAAAAAAUAUUGUAAUAAGUGUUGAGUAUUUUAAUGCUAAAGUCGUUCAGUAUUCGGUAAAUACCUACCUACUUAAUGUUAAGACGAGUGUAUAAAAAAUUAAAAGAGGUUUUAUUUAAUUCCUAUUUAUUUUUGUAUUUGUUUUAUCUUAUUGUACUUAUUUAAGUAAUCAAAGACACGCUUUCUGUGAAAUGGGAUGCAGUGCAACAUUUUCUCUUUAUUACUACCAAAUGAUUUCCUUGUCGUAAGUUGGCAACACACGAAAAAAGACCGCGUAAUUUAAAGUAAGAAUGUUAAGCGUAGGGUAAACCUUCAUUAAAUGUGUCCAACGCAAAGUGUCACCAAUAUUCAGUUCUAUCUAAUUUAUUCAGGUCAUCAGUCAGCAUCUGCAUCUCAUAUCUCGGAAUAAAUUAAAGACAUUUUUGUGUAUUUAUUUUUAUCGGCUUUUCAGCCGACUGUUUGUUGUUUUGCACAUUUUGAAUGUAAUUAUCGAAUUGGGUAUCAAGUGUAACCUUUGUCUGUUUCAUAACGAUCCUAAUGGCAGUAGGUACUUAAGUUUUAAAAAACCACAUGCCUAAAUCCUGUCAUGCUCCAAAUCGUCAUUACAAUACCUGUGAUCGCCCAUGACUCGUAAGAUUAGCGUGUGAUUUUGAUAACAUAGUGCGGAAUUUACGCUUAUCAAAAACAGUGACCUGAUUUCUGUUGAUAAGCUUAUAGACGACACGCGACAUAUUUUCAUUGCGAGUGUGUCUGUAUGCCAUAAUGUGAGUCACCACGGCAUCGUAUGAUUUUUGACCGGGUUUUCUAAUCCGCCAGCAGAUCACUGAUAUUGAUUUUUAAUGAUGCUCCUUGGUGUUAAUAAUGCUACUUUAAGUAGACUUGAGUUAGGUUCUCAUAUAAGUUUCAUAGUACAUAAUAUAAAGGUACAACCUCCUAAGCCAAGAAUAUAAUAAAUAGGUGAAUGGAACCGGUGUUGUUUCGGAAAAUCGAUUAAUGUUCUACGUGUUUUCAAUACAAUAUUACACUGUAGCGUUAAAUUGUACCCCAAACGCACAAACCUGGGUGUAUCCAAUUCGAUGAUUAUAUUCGACGUGCACCUCAUGUGUAUCGUGUUUAGAUGUUCGAUAAUAAUGUGCAAAUGAAAUAAUGGUAAAUAAAAAUUAAUUGGAAUAAUAGAUAUUGUGGA